AUGAAUAAAGCUGACGGAAAGCACCCGAUUAAUGUUGAAGGGCUUGAUCAUCCAGACGACUGCGCUCGCCUUAUCAGCUCAUUGACGCGGGAGGUUGAAAAGCUGCAGAGUACAAAAAUGGAAAAUCUUGCAGCGAUCGCAAACACAGCAAUCCCUACGGAAAAGCAAGAUGAAUUUAGUCCGCAAAAAGAUGAGAAUGAUAUACCGUUGCCAAAAGAGGAUAUGUUGGUACUUGAGGAGACCAAUAGACAGUUAACCAAAAAGCUGGAAGAAAAGAACGCAGAAAUUAAGGAGCUAAAAGAUCAAAUAAAAAUGUUCAAGGAGAAGGAAGAAGCAAAUAAAAUUAAUCCUGCCACAGAAUUCGAGCUCCGAAAACAGAUUGCUUCUUUGACUGAAACAAAUGAAAAAUUGACCGAAAACUAUCAGUCUGAAGUAGUGUUGCGCAAAAAGUACUAUAAUAUGAUGGAGGAUAUGAAGGGGAAGAUUCGUGUCUACUGCAGAGUCAGGCCUAUAUCUUCUAGUGAGAUAGAGAAAAACUGUCGCAUAGCAGUUUCUUUUCCGGAUAUCUACACCUUGCAGAUAGACAGUGGGAAAGCCAUCAAGGAGUAUCAGUUCGAUCGCGUCUUCGACCAAAGCUCCUCUCAGUCUGAUGUAUUUGAGGAUACAGCCAUGUUGAUUCAGUCGGCAGUGGAUGGUUUCAACGUUUGCGUGUUUGCCUAUGGCCAGACAGGCAGUGGUAAAACACAUACACUGAUAGGCAGCGAAAGUAAUCCUGGGUUAGCCCCACGCUGCUUUUCACAGCUUUUUACUGUCAUCAACGACAAGGCUUUCCUGUAA